UGAUUGCGCGAGGGUGCGCGAGUGUAUGGGGUGACAAGGGGUGAGAUAACUUACGCAUCGACGUCGUGGUGCCUAACAAAACUUAUAUGAAAGUAGACUAGACGGCAAGCCGGCUCCUGUGUUAUUGUUGCUACCAUGUCUGGCGACAGGGAUUAUAUUGGUUUCGCUACACUACCGGAACAAGUUCACAGAAAAUCGGUGAAAAGAGGAUUCGAAUUUACGUUGAUGGUUUUGGGUGAAUCUGGUCUUGGUAAAUCGACCCUUAUUAACAGUUUAUUUCUUGGAGAUCUUUAUAAAGAUCGACGAAUUCCUGAUGCUAUUGAUCGCGUUGAAAAGACGACGACUAUUGAAAAAAAGACAAUGGACAUUGAAGAAAGAGGAGUGAGAUUACGUUUAAAUAUCAUUGAUACCCCGGGAUUUGGAGAUGCUGUCAAUUGUGAAGAUACAUGGAAGGCAUGUUCUGCAUACAUCGACGAACAAUUCCGUCAGUAUUUCACUGAUGAAAGUGGACUCAAUAGAAAAAAUAUCCAAGAUAAUCGCGUUCAUUGUUGCUUAUAUUUUAUUCCACCUUAUGGUCACGGCUUACGGCAAAUGGAUCUCGAAGUUUUAAAAAGACUCCACCGGAAAGUAAACAUCGUCCCAGUGAUUGCUAAAGCUGACACUUUGACAACUCAGGAAGUUAAACGAUUGAAACAAAACAUUUUAUCAGACAUCGAAGAACAUGAGAUCCAGAUCUACCAGUUUCCGGACUGCGACAGUGAUGAAGACGAAGACUUCAAACAACAGGACAAAGAACUAAAAGCUUGUGUACCUUUUGCGGUCAUUGGAAGUUCGACUGUGCUCGAGGUAGCAGGAAGAAAAGUUAGAGGAAGACAAUAUCCUUGGGGAGUAGUAGAAGUUGAAAAUCCAAAGCACAGUGACUUCGUUAAGUUGCGUACAAUGUUGAUAUCAACCCACAUGCAAGAUUUAAAAGACGUAACUCAAGAUGUCCAUUAUGAAAAUUUCCGAGCUCAAUGCAUAUCUCAAAUAUCGCAACAGGCAAUCAGGGAAAGGAGGUACUUACCCAAUAAAUUAAAAAGAGAUUCUGGUCCGCACUUUGAAAAUAGUAUAUCAGAUACCGAUCGACUGCUGCUUCAAAAAGAUGAAGAAAUAAGAAGAAUGCAAGACAUUUUAGCUCAAAUGCAGGAAAAAUUAAAAGCAACUGGACAAGUUGGUAUUGGAUUGAGAGGUCGAGUUGGUAGUCUAGGUAAUGACUUAGACGCCGUCGAUCAUGACAAAAAACGUAACAGUAUUAUUGACGUUUAAAGUAUUUUUGAAUUACUCAGAUAAAUAUAAUAAAUAAAUUAUAUUUAUAAACUGACGCAGGUUUUUUAACGCCAAUUAAUUAUAAAUAAUUAACACAAGUAUUUAAUUGAAUGCAAUACGCGCAGUAUUAAAGAUGAAUUUCAAAAAUUUUAUUUUCUUUAUUUUUUACACUGAAAAAAAAGUGUUUUUGUAAAAGCAAUACAGUAAUUAUCCAAAUUUUUAAUAAUUGAUUAGAUAAUUAAAAAUAAUUUUGAUUCCUGUCGCGCUACGACUUUGAUCUCAGAAUUAAAUUCUUUGUUCAGUAUUUUAAUUUUAUCUAAUUAAUUAAAUUUAUUAAUCAAUUAAAAAAUUUAACAUAAUAUUGAUUCCGAAGUCGCGCUACGACUUUGAUCUCAAAAUUAUAAGUAAUUAAAAAUAAUUUUGAUUCAAUUGAAUUCCAUUAACUCGGACAGUUAAUUUACGGAGGAGCGGAAAUUUCAUGGAAUUUUCGAGUUAACGGAUGCCCCUUCUCUCUUGAAAAAUAAAUUACAACGCAUGCGCUCUUACAUCUACAUAAGUGAUGUAUAUAAAUAUAUACAGACCCAUACAAAUGUAUAGCAUAGGUGGGAGAGUGUCACUUGUAAUGGGAGUCAAGAUUCAGGGGAAAUUCCGAGAUAAUGGAAUCCGAGUUGAUGGAGUUCGUUUCUAAGUCGCGCUACGACUUUGAUUUCAAAAUUAAAUUUUUUUUUCAGUAUUUUAAUUUUAUCUAAUUCAUUAAAUUUAUCAAUCAAUUAAAUAAUUUUGAUUUCUAAGUCGCGCUACGACUUUGAUUUCAAAAUAAAAUUUUUUUUUAGUAUUUUAAUUUUAUCUAAUUAAUAAACGCACAAAUUUUAUGUGAAUAAUUAAUUUUUCAAUUAUCUUUUGAUAAUAAAAAUAAUUCAAAAUAAAUACUUAAUUAUUACAAACGUAUUAAUAAAAAAAAUAUAAAUUUUUACAUGUGGUAGU